AUGGCCCGCACGAAGCAGACGGCGCGUAAGUCGACGGGCGGGAAGGCGCCCCGCAAGCAGUUGGCCACCAAGGCGGCCCGCAAGAGCGCGCCGGCCACGGGCGGCGUGAAGAAGCCGCACCGCUACCGGCCCGGCACGGUGGCGCUGCGCGAGAUCCGGCGCUACCAGAAGUCCACGGAGCUGCUGAUCCGCAAGCUGCCCUUCCAGCGCCUGGUGCGCGAGAUCGCGCAGGACUUCAAGACCGACCUGCGCUUCCAGAGCUCGGCCGUGAUGGCGCUGCAGGAGGCGAGCGAGGCCUACCUGGUGGGGCUCUUCGAGGACACCAACCUCUGUGCCAUCCACGCCAAGCGCGUCACCAUCAUGCCCAAGGACAUCCAGCUGGCCCGUCGCAUCCGCGGCGAGCGCGCCUGAACCUCCUGCCACGGCUUUACCCCGGUUUCGGCACAUCCGGAGGCAUCCAACACAGACCCAAAGGCUCUUUUAAGAGCCACUCCAUGCACAGUGAAAGGAGCUGUAGCACUAUUUAAACAGAUGAGUUUUAGAAAUAGCCCUUCCAUUUUGUUUUUCCUGGACUG